ACGUGCACUUUGGCGGACAGUUCCAAAUUUGCGAAAAUGUAUCGUUUGGCAGUUCUUUUUCUGCUGUUAAGUCCGGCACUUUGUCUGUUCAAUACCAAUGAUGAUGUUAUCAAACUCACAGACCAAAACUUUGACCAAGUAACAUCAAGCAAGGAACUAUGGUUUAUUAUGUUCUAUGCAUCUUGGUGUGGACACAGUAAAAAUGCUGCUCCAGAUUGGAAACGAUUCGCCACUAAUUUUAAGGGUAUUAUAAAAGUUGGUGCGGUUGAUUCAGAAAACAACCCUACGGUAACUCAACGGUUUUCUGUUCAGGGCUUUCCAACAAUUAAUAUAUUUGGAGAUAAUAAACACAGUCCUAAACCAUAUACGGGUGGUAGAGAUAUUGAUCAUCUCAACAAAGAGGCUUUGCGCGAACUUACUUCUUUAGUGAAAUCUAGGACUGGUUCUGGAUCGUCUGAUGACUCUGACAAAGACGAUGUAAUAGAGCUUACGGACAGCAAUUUUGAUGAAAUGGUUCUCAACAGUCAAGAGCCGUGGUUGGUAGAAUUUUUCGCUCCUUGGUGUGGUCAUUGUAAAAAUUUGAAACCUCAUUGGGACAAAGCAGCUCGUGAAUUGAAAGGAACUGUCAAAUUAGCCGCUUUGGAUGCCACGGUUCAUAGUCGAAUGGCUCAGAAAUAUGGGAUUCGAGGUUAUCCUACCAUCAAAUUUUUCCCUGCUGGACCGAAAACAGAUGACCCUAUUGAUUAUGAUGGUGCUCGAAGUGCAGAUGCGAUCGUUGCGUGGGCUAUGGAUAAAGCCGAUGCUUCUGCUCCAGCACCAGAGAUUGUUGAAUUGACUUCAGCAAGUAUUUUAAAAGAAGCUUGUGAAGAUCGUCCACUUUGCAUCAUCAGUGUUUUUCCUAUGUUAUUUGAUUGUCAAUCAGAAUGUCGUAAAAAGUACCUGGAUUUACUAAAAUCAGAGGCUGAUAAAUUUAAAAAGCAGAAAUGGGGAUGGAUUUGGACUGAAGCACUCAAACAUUCUAAUCUAGAAAAUGCACUCGAUAUUGGAGGUUCAGGAUAUCCUGCUAUGGUUGCUGUACAUGGGCGUAAAAAGAAAAGGACUACAUUACGAGGAGCAUACAGCUCAGCUGGAGUCCAUGAUUUCCUAAGACAACUUUCAGUUGGCGGCGCAACACUUCCUCUAUAUGAUGUGAAUUCGUUACCUGAAAUAAAAACUGUUGAACCCUGGGAUGGAAAAGAUGCUCAGGUGAGUCUAAUUAUGCGCCUAGCCGUAAUCAGUCGUUCAAUUCGUGUCAUAUUAUCUGCUUUUUAUAUUUAUUUAUUGUAUCUAUAUAGGGAAGAAGAGAUCAAAAUCAUCCUGUGACAACUAUAGAGAGAUUAGUUUAACUAAUAUGGCAACUAAAAUACUAGCCUCAAUAAUUAUCGGACGCCCAAAAAACUCAUGAACUGCAAGCACGAGAGAAUCAAGUUGGUUUCAGACCUGGUCGUGACUGCAUCGACCACAUAAUCACCAUUCGUCAGGUUUCAGAACACAAGCAUGCUUAUCGGCGUCCAACAAUGACAGUUUUUGUUGACUGAAAAGCAGCAGCAUAUGACUGUAGACCAAAAGCUUCUGUGGCAGUGUCUGUCAUUGAAAGGUGUACCUCAGAGGUACAUAAACCUUGUGAAGGCUCUUUACUCGAACACUACUAGUCGAGUCAGAGCUUAUGGCGAACUGUCACCUGUUUUUGCAACAUCAAGUGGUGUCUGCCAAGGCUGUCCACUUUUUCCAUUUUUGUUUAACUUCAUCAUAGACCUACUGAUGGAAAUAACAUUCUCAUCAACUGAAUUUUCGGGCAAUGAUCUCCUUCCAGGAGGUCCACUUAUCGACUUGAAAUACACAGACGACACAGUCCUGUUUGGCAAAGACGUUGAUAAAAUCCAGUCUUUUGAUAGCACUAAGCAACAAUGCCAGAAUGUUUUGAAUGCGCUUCUUCCCCUCUAAUGGCAAGUUGUUGCUUCAGGAUUGGUCUGCGUCAACACCUGAACUAAGGAUAGGGAGUGAAGUAGUCGAACGCGUCGACAACUUCACUUAUCUUGGAAGUCUGAUCAGCCCUAAUGGGUUGGUGUCUGACGAAAUCUCAGCACGGAUUCGAAAAGCUCGCUUGGCUUUUGCCAACGUACGUCACCUAUGACGAAGGCGAGAUAUCCGUCUAUCAAUAAAAGAACGAGUAUACUGCGCGGCAGUUCGUUCUUUUCUACUUCACGGCUGUGAAACGUGGCCAUCAAGGGUAAAGGAUACGCGUAAGUUACUAGUAUUUGAUUACAGAGGUCUCAGAAAUAUUGCUCGUAUCUGCUGGGAUCAGUGGGUAAGUAAUAAUGAGGUUAGACGCAGAGUAUUAGGGAAUGGUGGUAAAUCAGUUUAUGAGGUUGUGAAUCUUCAUCGACUGAUAUAGUUGGGACACGUGUUACGUAUGCCUGAACACCGAAUACCACGACGCGCCAUGCUGACCGGUGUUGGGGAUGGUUGGAAGAAAGUUAGGGGAGGCCAAACCAAAACGUGGUACCAGUUCUUGAAGUCACUAACUUCUAGUCUGAGCCAUGUCGGUAGAUGCAGACCACUUGAUUAUGGUCCGCGUGACUAUCGUAACCAAUGGUUGGAGACUCUUGGUGACAUGGCUGAGAAUCGAUCACAAUGGCGUAGGUGCAUACACUCUUUGUCUUCACUUAAACACUGAAAUUAAAAUUACUUUAUACCUUUCUUUCUACGAACUACUCCUUUCUUCCUGUACUAUAUCUUUUAUAACGUUCGAUUUUCAUCGUCACACGAAUGGGACGUUAAUUUACCUUAGAUGAAUAUGUGAAUGAGAUUCUCUCCCAGUGUCUAUUUAACAGGGCUGUAACACAACUCAGAUCAAGAACACGUGAUUGGCCUGGCUAGAACGUAAAUAUAUUUCAGCACCCAAAACCGACAAUUAUGAUAAUGGUAAUUGAAUACAUAACCCAUCUAGUACCUGUCAGACUAUCUACAAGUCUGACUAAGCAAACAACGAAUCAUUAUCAUCCUCGCCCGCAUACUAAUACCCUUAUAUGAAAUCUAUCUUUUGCAUAUUACCACCAUUGAAUUAACUACUUCUAUGGAUUCGAUUAUCAUCAUGUUCCUGUUAUGAGUUGUAGCAACUUGGGACUAUGCAGAUAUGUGUCUGAUCUUAUGUUGUAGGUAACUGACUUUACUGGUAAAUUCAUCCACACAUUUCCAAAUACUCUAAAGGAAACUAAAAUCUGAAAAUUCUUUCUUCUCAAAUCUGGUUUCUUUUUUAAGAGCAUUUAAUGUAUAAGAAGCAAUCACUUGUGGAUGAAUUUCUUGAAUAAGUCCCCAUACUGUCGUACAUAGUUUUAGCAGGAGAUAUAGUCUAAAUAGGGUACUAUAUGUAUACCCAACAAUCAUUAUCUGUUUGCAAAAAUAUUAGUUUAAUAAAAUUAGUAAAAAAUUCAAAAUACUCUUCGAUUGCAGAGAACAAUAGUCACACCCAUACCGAAUAGUAUCAAAGAUACAAUAAAAUGAAUCAAUAACGAGGUUUAGUCAUGUUUUUUUCUAACUGGUGCAAUUUCAUGAUUUGUAGUUGAGUAAGAAGAGUCAGUAAUAAACACUCUGAGAAUAAGUGAGUCUUAAGUAGUGAGUGUUUAACUCAUUAUUGGUAGAGAUUGACAGCAUGUAUAGCUAAGUUUUUCUCUCAUUUUAAUCGAUUACCUUUUAUUUACAUUUCAGCCUAUUGAAGAACAAGACGACGACAAUUUAAAAGUGGAAUUAUAAUGCCACAUGUAUUUCUUUUUUGUAUUCUGAUAUAUCCCUGUGUUAUUAUUCGUUUCUUGGAUAUCAUUUUUAUGCUUGCACGUCCUUUCUAUACGGUUGUACAAUUUGUUUACUUCUUGAGCAAUUCCAUAAAUUUCAUUUGAUUGU